AGGGAAGGGUCCCGAGGUGAGGACCUCUGCAAUGGCUUAGUGAACAGGGGCUAUUUUAGGUUUCUCACCACAGCCUGCCUCACAGUUCACCACAGGGGUGUCAGCCCCCAUCCCCCCUUCCACAGGAGAACAGUUACAGUGAAGGGUGAGAGGGGUGGUAGCGCUGGGGUGGGGACCAGGGCACUGAUGUGACAGAGUCAUUGGCUGGGCAGCUGGACCUGGUGGAUCCAGGAAGGCUUCCUGGAAGAGGUCUCUGGCCCCUCCCAAGGACCAUGCUGCAGCCCCACUGACCACGGAGUAGGGGCCUGAGGGCAGGGCACCUGGAAUGGGCUGUGUGUUUUGCAAGAAGGUGGAGCCAGCGCCCAAGGAGGCUGUUGGCCUGGAAGGGGACUUCAGGAGCUACGGGGUUGCAGACCGCUAUGGCCCUGACCCUACUCAGGCCCGGCCUAUGUCUUCCUUGGCCCAUAUUCCCAACUACAACAACUUCUCCCCUCAACCCGCCAGCCCCGCCUUCCUUGAUGGGGGCACCAUCAGGGCCAUCUCAGGGCCUGGGGUGACCCUGUUCGUGGCUCUGUAUGACUAUGAGGCCCGGACGGAAGACGACCUCACCUUCACCAAGGGCGAGAAGUUCCACAUCCUGAACAACACUGAAGGUGACUGGUGGGAGGCCCGGUCCCUCAGCUCUGGACAAACUGGCUACAUCCCCAGCAACUAUGUGGCCCCUGUGGACUCCAUCCAGGCUGAAGAGUGGUACUUUGGAAAGAUGGGAAGGAAGGACUCUGAGAGGCAGCUGCUCUCCGCUGGCAACCCCCGGGGAGCCUUUCUCAUUCGGGAGAGUGAGACAACCAAAGGUGCCUACUCUCUGUCCAUCCGGGAUUGGGACCAGGCCAGAGGCGAGCAUGUGAAGCAUUACAAGAUCCGAAAGCUGGACACGGGUGGCUACUACAUCACCGCGAGGGCCCAGUUUGACUCGGUGCAGGAGCUGGUGCAGCACUACAUGGAGGUGAACGACGGGCUGUGCUACCUGCUCACGGCGCCCUGCACAACCAUGAGGCCGCAGACGCUGGGCCUGGCCAAGGACGCCUGGGAGAUCAGCCGCAGCUCCAUCACGCUCGAGCGCCGGCUGGGCACUGGCUGCUUCGGGGACGUGUGGCUGGGCACGUGGAACGGCAGCACGAAGGUGGCGGUGAAGACGCUGAAGCCGGGCACCAUGUCCCCGAAGGCCUUCCUGGAGGAGGCGCAGGUCAUGAAGUUGCUGCGACACGACAAGCUGGUGCAGCUGUACGCCGUGGUGUCGGAGGAGCCCAUCUACAUCGUGACCGAGUUCAUGUGCCAUGGGAGCUUGCUGGAGUUCCUCAAGGACCGGGAGGGCCAGGAUUUGAUGCUGCCCCAGUUGGUGGACAUGGCAGCCCAGGUAGCCGAAGGCAUGGCCUACAUGGAGCGCAUGAACUACAUCCACCGGGACCUGAGGGCAGCCAACAUUCUCGUGGGGGAGCGGCUGGUGUGCAAGAUCGCUGACUUUGGGCUGGCCCGGCUCAUCGAGGAUGAUGAGUACAACCCCCAGCAAGGGGCCAAGUUUCCCAUCAAGUGGACAGCCCCAGAGGCGGCCCUUUAUGGCAGAUUCACCAUCAAAUCAGAUGUGUGGUCCUUUGGAAUCCUGCUCACUGAACUCAUCAGCAAGGGCCGAGUUCCUUACCCAGGCAUGAAUAACCGGGAAGUGUUGGAUCAGGUGGAGCAUGGCUACCACAUGAUGUGCCCUCCAGGCUGCCCAGCAUCCCUGUACGAGGUCAUGUUGCAGACCUGGCGUCUGGAUCCGGAGGAGAGGCCUACCUUCGAGUACCUGCAGUCCUUCCUGGAGGACUACUUCACCUCCACAGAACCCCAGUACCAGCCUGGGGAUCAGACAUAGCUGGUUUGGGCAUCUGCCACCUCUCUGGGGGAGCCCACCAGCCCUUUUCAGUCCCAGGGCUCUGGUCCCAAAGCCCCCAGGCUUAGAGCCCUAUAGAGUCCUAGCCUGUCAGAGCAAACUGUUCGCUCUGACGCCAUCAAGGGCAACCCACUCAUUUUAAAGAUAGACAAAUAGAGGUUCAGAGAUGAUCCCUUACCCAGUAUGGCCCAGGCAAUAUUUCUCCCUCCAAUUUAGGACCCUAUAUGCUUCUAGUCUCCCUACCUCCCCCCGCCCCUCCCCCAAAAAGGAAAUACUCAGACCUUGUCUAGUUAUUUAUAAAACUAUAUCCUUUCCCUCGCCUCCUACCCCUGCAUUCCUACCCUGCCAUCCCACCCUGGUCCAGGACCCCAAAAUUCAACUCCAGUCAUCUCUUGUGUCUGUAAGUUACAAAGAGAGGGAAAAACUUACCUGGACCCCUUUCCCGUGGAGUGUACCCUGUAGUCCAGGACUGGGGUCCAAGGCCCAGAUUGAGGGAGAGGAUUGGUGAGGGCUUACCCCCGCCCCAUUCAUGUGUGUAUGUGUAUUGAUUUUGUAAAUAAGAAAAAUGACAAUGUGAAUCCA